AUGACCCUCCGCACAGUUGACUUCUCAGGCUUCCUACAUGGCACAGAAGAGCAGCGGCAGCAGGUCGCCAUUGAGCUUGUGGGCAGUCUCAAAUCAUUGGGUUUCGUACGGUUGAUAAACCAUGAGGUGCCGGGGAAAACUAUACAGGGUCUCCUCGAGCGGGUACGACCAGGCCUCCACGAGCGGUCAAAGCGUUUCUUCACGCUACCUACGCACGAGAAAGCCAAGAUCGCAAACGAUCCGGGACCGCAUCCUCAAAGAGGCUGGAGUCGCAUAGGAAUGGAGCAGACAGCCAAGCUUCGCGAAGAGAAUCUUGCCGCAGCGGCUGGCCGCGAAGUGAGUGAUAAAAAGGAGCAUUUCGACGCAGGCCCCCUCGGAGAUGAGCAAUACCCAAACAAAUGGCCAGAAAGCAUACCAGACUUCCAACCGUUCGUAGAAGAAAGCUACGAAGUCUGCCAACGCACCUGCUUCCAGAUCAUAUCCGCUAUCGAACUCGGCCUUGGUCUCGAGGCAGGGCGCUUGACGCAAUGUUGCCAGCCUGCUGCCAGCGAAAUCCGCCUACUGUAUUAUCCACCCACUGCGAGAAAUAUGUUCGACGAAGGGCUCAAGAAGCGUGCCUGGCCACACACCGAUUUGGGUAUCAUAACGCUCCUGUUCCAGGAUCUGGUGGGCGGGCUGGAAGUUGAAGACCGGAGCGCAGGCAAACCAAGAUCGUUCAUUCCUGUCACGCGAGAAUCGCUGAAUGAGAUGAUUGUUAAUACGUCGGAUUCGCUCCAACGGUGGACAAACGAUGUUAUAAGGGCCGGUUUACACCAGGUCACUGCGCCAGAUGCUGCGAAGGUGUCGAAUGGGCUUGAUGUGCUUCCUGCUCGCUGUUCCAGUGUUUUUUUCUUCAAGGCUGGGCGUGAUACGUCUGUUGGACCGCUUGCUGAGUUUGUUAGUGAGGACCGGCCUGCGGCGUAUGAUGAUAUUACGGCACUUCAGUAUCAGCAGCUGAAAACUCGUAUUUUGCAUGGUGUGGAAGGGUGA